AUGGGUUAUGGACAAAAAGUUCAGGGUGAGGGCGGCUUCUCAGGGGCGGAGUUGCCCGAGGAAGUCGCACAUCCCUACCCGUCGGGGUCGGUAACUGAGGUUGAACCGCGGGGCUCCUCCUGGAGGCCGCCCUGCUUCACCUUCGCACCUGCGGUGGCUCGGUGGCCCCGGCCAAGUCCCCUCAAGCCCAAAGGUACCUCACCUGCUGCUGUGGAAGCUGUGCGGUGUGGGACCUGGGCCGGCCGACCCGCGGGAACCGUCUGGCGGAGCUGGGGGGCGGCAGGAGGCCGUGCCCUCCGGUCUGCCCUCCACGGCGCAGCACGGACAGCUCCAGGCGGGCGGGGGCCAGCCGCGCGCACCCACCUGCGCCCACUCAGGCCAACUGCUCCAGCGGGCGUGCGGGGCAGAGGCCCCUCCUGCCACGGGCUCGGGAGACCGAGGUCAGGGAUCAGGGGCCAGAGCACCUGCGGCCCGGGCGGGAGCUGUCGGCCCGGGUGUCACCUCCCCACACGGACCAGGGCGCGAUGUGCCUUCAUCACUGCAUUCUAUUUGCCUGUGACCUGUGUCCCUUCUAGUCUAAGUGUGGCCUCACUGCAGCACAGAUGGGACAUCACCCAGGCCCCGCUCCAGACCUCUUGCUUCAACCCAACAACCCGGGGCAAUUGGAAUCCAUGUUAACAUUUGAGAAGCAUUGGUCUAUGCUCUCUCUUUGUAAAUCUCCCUCCUGUUUAGGUUCCAGCCUUGGGGCUAUCUGCCCUACUCAGUCUUUGCUGAGCCUACAGUGAUUGUUCACCUCACCCUAAAUACCUGUAACAUGGUCUCAAACCAACAUCAACUUUCUGGAGUGCCUGAUGUGACCUGGUCACUAGAGGAAGCACUUGUACGUAUGUGCCACCUAAUUUAUUCCUCAGAACAAUUCUAUGAGGUAUUGUUACCCCCAUCUCGUAGACAAACGAACCAAGAUGGAGAGUAACUCACUAUGGUCAAAGAGCUGGUGUCAGCAACAGCAUUUGAACUCGAUCUUUACGCUCCAUAUAUCUUUAUAGUAAUAAGACUGACUCACCAGACACACUAGGUUAUUUAAAUCCAAGUGAAUACUUCAGUGUAUUAACUGUGGUGACAUAUCAUUAUUGUUUUGUAAAGUACUGUAGAGGAAAUUAACAAUUUCAGUUAUGCUGAUUACUUUAUAGAUAAACCGCGCAUAGCCUGUGCCGCUUCUCUGAUACUUGAUGUUUUCACUUUUUAAAUAUUGGACUUAUCUUAUCUAUGUAAUGUUUGUAAAGCUUCUAUAAAACAAACUUUUUAAGUUUUAAAAUACCUACUACUUAAAAAUGCCUCGGUGCUUUAUACACCCUAAACACACAAUAAAUAUGUAUUGAACUCUUGA